AUACUUUUUAAUUUUUAAAUAUUGUUAAAGUGAAGUUUUUAUGCAUCGAUUCUUUUUUCUCAACCGAUGCCAUCCUCUUAUUUUUAUUUGCUAGAGUCAGUCAUACUCCCUAUCUUUUCUUUGCGAUCCUUUUUCACCACCAUCGCGCGCCGUCUAAUAUCAAACCUUAGCUCUCUAUUUCUUCUCAGCGUUCAAUUCACCGUUCUUCUUUCUCACCAUUCUCGGAGGAUGCAAUUGCCGAUAUUCACUAGCCGUCUGCUAAAAUCGUCCGCUCAGGCUUAUGCAAUGAUCCUGAAGGAAGAGAGGAAGCUAUUGCUUCGGAUCCAGGAGGGGAGCGAGGAGAUCGAGAGGCUGAGGGGGAGAGUGCAGGAACUGGAGAAUUCAGAGUUUAAGUUGAAGGAGUGCUUGGAGGAGAUGAAUAAGGAGAUGGGCGAGCGAGAUGAGAUGUUGAGCUUGAUGGGUUCUACUGAUAUUUCUUCUUGUGAGAUUGAGGGUGGAAUUGGGAAGGUUAGUGUUUCGGAUUCAGAGAGAAUGGAUUUCGGGUUUGGGGCCGAAGAGUUUUUCUCGAGGAGUGCGAAUAGUAUGGAAGAAGUUCAUAGUGCUUAUGGGGGGCCAAAGCUAUUCAGUUCUGCUUCCAACUUCUGGCCUGAAAGAGCUAGUCCUUGGCAG